AGACCAAAUACCUUAUCAGUAUGGAAGUACAAAUACCUAUGGAGGACUGAACGCUAUGAGGACUCAAAUGUUCACUCCUGAGACAGGAGACCGACCAUAUGUUGACAAUGUUGCCAUUGUCAUCACUGAUGGUGUUUCAAACAUAAAUUCAAGGAGAACAAUUCCUGAAGCGGAAAGGGUUAGGCAGCAAGGAAUCCAUAUAUAUGCCAUUGGCAUUGGUUUGGCUGAUACAACAGAGUUGGAUGGCAUAGCAAGCAAACCCAUUGAGAAGAAUCGAUUUGCUGUUCAAGACUUUGCUGAACUUGUUGGUCUGCGAGAUGAAGUGUUUUCUUCCUUCUGUACAGUAACAACUACCGCUGCCCCCACAACCACUACGACCACCACAACAACUACAACUACAACAACUAUUCCCACAACUACCCCUGAGGUGGAUGAUUGUUCAAGUACCAAACUGGAUCUGGUCUUUGUGCUGGACUCCUCCACCAGUGUCACAGAGCCAAACUUCAAACUCAUGUUGGACUUCUUGAAGAACUUCCUAUAUGUGGCUAACAUUGAUGAUGGCAAUGUCCGUGUUGGUGUAGUCAUUUACAGCACCAAGGUGAACAUUCAGUUCCACCUUAAUGAAUAUAGAACAAAGAGAGAUGUGUUCCUUGCCAUAGACAGAAUACCAUAUCAAUAUGGCAGCACCAACACCUUUGGAGGUCUGAACACAAUGCGAACCCAGAUGUAUGUUCCCCAAAGAGGUGAUCGCCCUGAUGUGAAGAAUGUAGCUGUGGUGAUCACCGAUGGUGUGUCCAACAUCAAUGCCAGGAGGACAGUUCCAGAAGCAGAAGCUGGAAGAGGUGCAGGCAUUCACAUCUAUGCGAUUGGUAUUGGUUUGGCUGACACAACAGAGUUGGAUGGAAUAGCCAGCAGGCCCAUUGAAGAGAAUAGGUUUACUGUGCAGGAUUUCAAGGAGCUCAGAGGUCUUCGAGACAAAGUAUUCACCUCAUUUUGUCCUGUUGUCACUACCCCAGUUCCACGUACCUUACCACCAAAAGUACAAGACUGUUCCUAUGCUAAACUGGAUCUUGUCUUUGUUCUGGAUACCUCCACCAGUGUCACAGAGAAGAAUUUCCUUCUCAUGAAAGAUUUCCUCAAACACUUUCUGUAUGUUGCCAACGUUGAUGAUGGCAAUGUUCGUGUUGGUGUGGUUAUCUACAGCACUAAAGUUAGCAUCCAGUUCCAAAUGAGUCAGUACACGUCCAAGCGGGAGGUCUAUUUAGCCAUAGACCAAAUACCUUAUCAGUAUGGAAGUACAAAUACCUAUGGAGGACUGAACGCUAUGAGGACUCAAAUGUUCACUCCUGAGACAGGAGACCGACCAUAUGUUGACAAUGUUGCCAUUGUCAUCACUGAUGGUGUUUCAAACAUAAAUUCAAGGAGAACAAUUCCUGAAGCGGAAAGGGUUAGGCAGCAAGGAAUCCAUAUAUAUGCCAUUGGCAUUGGUUUGGCUGAUACAACAGAGUUGGAUGGCAUAGCAAGCAAACCCAUUGAGAAGAAUCGAUUUGCUGUUCAAGACUUUGCUGAACUUGUUGGUCUGCGAGAUGAAGUGUUUUCUUCCUUUUGUUUAGCAGCUCCAACCACCAUCACCACCACGACAACAACAACACCCUUGCCAACAGUGCCAGUUAAACUUGAUGACUGUGCUGAUGCAAAACUUGAUCUAAUAUUUGUUCUGGAUGCAUCUACAAGUGUCACAGAACCCAAUUUCAAACUCAUGCUGGAUUUCUUGAAAAACUUUCUUUUUGUGGCCAACAUUGAUGAUGGUAAUGUCCGAGUUGGUGUUGUCAUCUACAGUACCAAGGUUUAUGUUCAGUUCCACCUGAAUGAAUACUCUACCAAGGCGGAUGUUUUCAAUGCCAUUGAUGCUAUUCCUUAUGAAUAUGGCAGUACAAACACUUUUGGAGGAUUGCAUACAAUGAGGACCAAGAUGUUCACUCGUGCUAAAGGAGAUCGAUCCAAAGUGAAAAAUGUGGCCAUUGUGAUCACUGAUGGCGUGUCCAAUAUUAAUGCCAGAAAGACACUUCCUGAGGCUAAGAAGGCUAGAAGAAAGGGCAUCCACAUCUAUGCUAUUGGCAUUGGAAUUUCAGACACAAGGGAGAUUGAUGGUAUUGCAAGCAAACCUAUUGAUGAAAAUCGCUUCACCGUACAAGAAUUCAGUGAACUGAUUGUCCUCAGAGACAAAGUCUUCUCCACAUUCUGUCCAGUACCAGAGAAACCUCUGCCAACACUUCCACCAUUAUUAGAUGAUUGUGCAGAUGCUGUGUUAGACUUGAUAUUCAUUCUGGAUGCUUCCACCAGUGUCACUGAACCCAACUUUAAGCUGAUGCUAAACUUCUUGAAAGACUUCUUGUAUGUGGCCAACAUUGAUGCUGGAAAUGUUCGUGUUGGUGUGGUUAUCUACAGUACAAAAGUCUUCAUCCAGUUCCAUCUCAAUGAGUACACAACCAAAAGAGAUGUAUAUGUGGCAAUAGACAAUAUUCCCUACGAAUAUGGAAGCACUAAUACCUAUGGUGGAAUUAACACAAUGAGGACAAAGAUGUUUCUCCCAGAAAGAGGUGACCGGCCAGGUGUAAGAAAUAUUGCCAUAAUUAUCACUGAUGGUGUUUCCAAUAUCAACUCAAGGAGGCUUAUCCCUGAGGCUGAGAAAGCUCGUAAUGCUGGAAUCCACAUUUAUGCCAUAGGAAUUGGCUUGGCCGAUACAACUGAGUUGGAUCAGAUAGCCAGCAAGCCACUGGAUGAAAACAGAUUCACAGCUCAAGACUUCAGUGAACUCAGGCAGCUCAGGGACAAAGUCUUUUCAUCUUUCUGUCCAGUCCCCACCACAGCACCUCCAACAGCAAUAUCCAAGGAGUGUAGCAGCACUCGGCUGGAUCUGGCAUUCCUCCUUGAUGCAUCUACAAGUGUCACUGAACCAAACUUUGUGUUGGUUCUGAACUUUGUCAAGAACUUCCUGUCCCAAGCUGACAUUGACAAUGGCAAUGUUAGGGUGGGUGUAGUGUUGUACAGCACUUCAGUCCACGUGGAGUUCCGCCUGCGUGACUACAGCACUAAGGCAGAGGUUCUUACAGCCAUAGACAACAUUCCCUACAGAUAUGGUAGUACUAACACUGCUGAUGGAAUCAAGUCUGUGAGGACUGAGAUCUUCACUAGACAGGGUGGUGACAGACAAGGAGUCCCCAACAUUGUCAUCAUUGUCACGGAUGGUGUGUCCAAUAUCAAUGCCAGGAGGACUGUCGCUGAAGCUAUGGAUGCACAAUCAGAAGGAAUUGAAGUGUUUGCUAUUGGAAUCGGUCUGGCAGAUACCAAAGAACUCAAUGGAAUGGCAAGCCCACCUUUGGAAGAGCAUCGCUUCAUUGUGGAGGAUUUCUCUCAACUUAAUAAUCUGCAGCAGCGAGUGUUUAGUUCCUUCUGCACAGCUAGGAUCCUUCAGAAGAAGCCUAUGUACAUCUUGAUAUACACCUUCAGCUCCUCCUUCAUCAGCUGCGACAUCUAA